GCAUCGGACCGAAUUGCGAUGAAGGUUUGCUGCAGUUCAGCACGGACGGAGUAGGCUUCGAGUUGGCGUUCCUUCUUGCGGAAGGCCUGCUCUUCCUGGCUUAUAUGAUCUUCAAGACGUCGGGCUACUUGAGUGCCGGAGACCCAUCCCCGGGCGAUGAAGCCGCCGCAGACGAAGACGUCGCAGAGGAGGCGAAGAAAGUGGAGACUGCUGUUCAGAAAGGCGACUACGUCAGCAACUCCAUGUUAGUGUGGAGGCUGCACAAACACUUCGGCGCCUUGCACGCCGUGCGUGGAAUCUACAUGGCCCUGCGCCCGUCCGAGUGUUUCGGCCUCCUCGGAGUCAAUGGCGCGGGCAAAACGACCACGUUCCAGAUGUUGGCCGCGCUCAUCAGCGUGUCGUACGGCGACGCGAGCACUGCGGUGGCCAAGCUCAGUGCAAACGCUCGAAGAUGGCAGUCGCAGGUCAGUUACUGCUUCCAACUGGGCGGACUGUUGGACAGACUGAACGCGUACGAGUACCUCUACCUCGUCGGUCGGCUGCGAGGCAUCGUCGACAGUGACUUGAAGCCCAUGGUGGACAGUGUUAUAGCUGUCGUGGACCUCACGGAACACGCCUCGAAACAGUGCGGAGUAUACAGUGGCGGCAACCGGAGGAAGUUGUCCAUCGGCGCUGCACUGCUGGGCCUUCAGCCGUUCAUUUUCCUGGACGAGCCGUACGCUGGUGUGGACGUGGUGUCUCGAAACAAGAUCUUCCGAGCCAUCGCCGAGAUCAAGAAGCGCUCGAAGUCCACUUUCGUGCUCACGUCCCACAACAUGGACGAAUGCGAAUUUUCCUGCGACCGCAUUACAAUCAUGGUCGAGGGUCACAUGAUGUGCCUGGGUACGCUCCAGCAUCUGCGGGAGAAAUUCGGCAAGGGCUUCCGACUAGAGUUCCUGCUCAAGCACACUGCCGCAGCCGACGCGCCCAUGCUGAACGCGGCAGUACAGCAGCUCUUCAGAGGCAUAGAGCUGAAGCAAUGCCACCAGAACCUUCUGUGCUACCACCUCGCAGUGAGAGUGCCCUGGAGCGAGAUAUUCACCAAGGUGGUGGACCUCCAGAAGAACUUCCAACUGGAGCACGCUCUGGUGGCGGAGAACACACUGGAGGACAUAUUCUUGAACUUCGCCAAAGCGCAAGAGGCGGCCACAAUGGCCGCUACUGCGAAUGCUGCCCCUCCUACAGCACACCCGCGGCAGUCACCUUCCACUGGAGCCCCAGUGUCAGCUGCGGCUUCCACGUCCCCCGCGUGA